CCAAAUUAGUAGUUCAUAUUCAUAAUUCAUACAACCUGGAAAGGUCUCACCUUUGCAAGAUUUCUUACUCAGAUUUUCAUUUCGAGAGAGAGAGAGAGAGAGAGGGGUGGAAGAAAGUGAGACUUUACAUAAAACCCACGGCCGCUGCCCUUGAAAAUUCAUAGAUUUGAUUCUGGGAUGAGCAUCAUGUCUCCAGGAGCUCUGUCUUCUACUUAUUCAGUUUGCAGUUUUGCAGCCGGAGUUGCAGGGAAUAUACUUGCGUUUGUGUUGUUCGUAUCGCCCAUACCAACGUUCAAGAGAAUAAUCAGAAGCCAGUCAACAGAACAGUUCUCGGGAUUACCAUAUAUCUAUGCUCUCUUGAAUUGUUUAAUAUGCCUUUGGUACGGGACACCAAUUGUUUCUCCUGGUAUCAUAUUGGUUUUCACCGUCAAUUCUGUUGGAGCCGUUUUCCAGUUAGUAUAUGUCACUAUCUUCAUCGUAUAUGCAGAGCGAACAAAAAAGUUAAAAAUGUUGGGGUGGUUGCUAGGCGUUUUUGCUGUGUUUGCGAUUAUAGCUUCUGUCAGCAUCUGUGUAUUUGAGCCUCCAAAUCGACAGCUUUUCGUGGGAUAUUUGUCUGUCCUUUCUCUCAUCUCCAUGUUCGCUUCUCCACUAUUCAUCAUAAAUUUGGUGAUCAAAACGAAAAGUGUAGAGUACAUGCCAUUUUACCUCUCGCUUGCUACCUUUUUGAUGAGUGUUUCUUUCUUUGUAUAUGGACUUUUCCAGCACGAUCUUUUCAUCUCUGUCCCGAACGGGAUUGGAGCGGUUCUUGGGGUUGUACAAUUGGUUUUGUACUUCCGUUACAGUGGAAGAUCCAAGGAAGAGUCGAGAACACAUCUGCUCGAGUCUUGCCCGUGAAAAGUCUGUCUGGGGUCUGGAAUCAUUCCUCCCCGAAAAUCCAUUGUUUUUGCAGAAGUGGUCAAGUUGUUUGUGUUGCAGAUGAAAAUAAAGGGCAAUUAGUUUGGAGCUGAUGAACAGGCUGAGAAAAUUGGUGUUUGCCUCAGCCAAGUUCACUCUGCAAUUAUAGAACCCUUUUCAUUCAGUUCUUGUCAAAAGUGUCUUUAGAUCACAGAUUCUUUUGUAUACUUGUAGACUAUGUUUUUUUUUUUUUUGAGUGACGAGGGAAACUCGCAGACUGCAACCAUUGCCUGAGGAUAUGUGAUUUUCCAAGGAUGUGCACUGGGUAAAUCUCGCCGACUAUAUCUUUAUGUGUUAUUGAAUGAUACAAGCAUGAUGAUUACAUUGUCAACUGUUCUGGUAUG